AACAUCUCUGGUUUUAUUAAAGAUAAGAAAAAUACUGAAGUGUGUCAUCUUCUAAUAGUGAUUCAUGCUUUUGGACUUUCUUCCUUCUCAGUCAAAGCUCUUAAAAAUUUAUAUAUAUUACCUGAAGAAAUCAGGGAACAAUGAGUCUCUCCAGAAAGUUUAAAAGUUUGACUCGUGGAGGAUCUCCUGAAUCCAGCUGUGUGUCCAUGAGGAGUGAUGAAUCAAUGGGUGGACCACCUGAGUUCAGUUCAGAAGACUGUUGUGAUGCAGAAGUGAGAAACACAACAGAUGGAUCAAAGGACUCAGUUUUUCAGGAGCUUGAGCACAAACUCAUCUCUCUGAUGAAGAAAGAGCUGAAGAUCUUCAAGAGUCUACUGAGUCCAGAUUACCCAUCAUGCACUGAGAGAGAAGAGGAGGAUGAUGAAGAUCAUAUCAUAGUCAGAGAGAUGUUUAUGAAGAUCACACUGAACAUCCUGAAGAAGAUGAAGCAGACAGACCUCGCUAACAAACUACAGACCAAAUUUGCCCCUGUAUACAUGAAGAAACACAAAUCCAGACUAAAAGAGCAAUUCCAGAGAAUGAAUGAAGGAAUCUCACCUCAAGGAAGCUCAACACUUGUGAAUGAGAUCUACACAGAGUUGUACAUCACAGAGGGAGGGAGUAAAGACAUCAAUAAUGAACAUGAGGUGAGACAGAUUGAGACAGCAUCCAGAAGAUCAGAGACACAGGAAACACAAAUCAAAUGUAAUGACAUCUUUAAAGUCUCACCUGAACAAAACAAACCCAUCAGAAGUGUGCUGACUAAAGGAGUCGCUGGAAUUGGAAAAACAGUCUCUGUGCAGAAGUUCAUUUUGGACUGGACUGAAGAAAAAACAAAUCAAGAUCUUCACUUGAUAUUUCCACUUCCUUUCAGAGAACUGAAUCUGAUCAAACAGAAAAAUAUCAGUCUGAUGGAUCUUCUUCAUCAGUUCUUCACAGAUUCAAAAGAUCUGAGAUCAACAGACUUUGAUGAUUAUAAAGUUCUGUUUAUCUUUGAUGGUCUGGAUGAGUGUCGUCUUCCUCUAGAUUUCUCAAAGAAUCCGAGUUUGUUUGAUGUCAGAGAAUCAGCGUCAGUGGAUGUGCUGCUGACAAACCUCAUCAAGGGGAAUCUGCUUCCUUCUGCUCUGAUCUGGAUCACCUCUCGACCAGCAGCAGCCAAUCAGAUUCCUCCUGAGUGUGUUGAUCUGUUCACAGAUGUACGAGGAUUCAAUGACCCUCAGAAGGACGAGUAUUUCAGGAAGAGAAUCAAUGAUGAGAGUCUGGCCAACAGAAUCAUCACACACAUGAAAUCAUCCAGAAGUCUGUACAUCAUGUGUCACAUCCCAGUCUUCUGCUGGAUUUCAGCCACUGUUCUCCAGAGAAUGUUGAGUGAAGCAGAGAGUCAAGCACAGAUCCCCAAGACUCUCACUCAAAUGUUCACACACUUCCUGAUGUUUCAGACCAAACUGAAGAGUCAGAAGUAUGAUGGGAAAUGUGAGGUAGAUCUUCCGCAGGCUAGAAAGAGUCUUGAGUCACUGGGAAAACUGGCUUUUCAACAGCUGGAGAAAGGGAACCUGAUCUUCUAUGAGGAGGAUCUGAGAGAGUGUGGCAUUGAUGUCAGAGAAGCGUCAGUGUACUCAGGAGUUUGUACUCAGAUCUUCAGAGAGGAGUUUGGACUGAACCUGGGGAAGGUGUUCAGCUUUGUGCAUCUGAGCGUUCAGGAGUUUCUCGCUGCUUUAUUCAAGUUUCUGUUAUUGAUUCAAGAUAAAGAAAACAAGUCAAGCGUGAGUGAUUUACUGAAGAGUGAAGUGGACAAGGCCUUACAGAGUGAGAACGGACACCUGGAUCUUUACCUCAGAUUUCUUCUGGGUCUUUCACUGGAGUCCAGUCAGACAAUCUUACGAGAUCUGAUGACACAGACAGGAAGAAGCUCUGACAGUAAACAGGAAAUAGUCGAGUACAUUAAGAUGAAGAUCAGAGAGAAUCUCUCUCCAGAGAAAUCCAUCAAUCUGUUUCACUGUCUGAAUGAACUCAAUGAUCAUUCUCUAGUGCAGGAAGUACAAACAUAUGUGAACAGAGGAGAUAAGUCUAGUCUUACUGGAGUCCGUCUCUCUCCUGCUCAGUGGUCGGCUCUGGUGUUUGUGUUACUGAACUCAGAAGAGAAGCUGGAUGAGUUUAAUCUGACUAAAUAUGAUCGAUCAGAUGAAUGUCUUCUGAGGCUUCUGCCAGUGAUCAAAGCAUCCAGAACAGCUGAUCUGAGUCGCUGUUAUCUGACAGAGAAAAGUUGUUCAUCACUGGCGUCAGUUCUCAGAUCAAACUCCUCAAGUCUGACAGAACUGAAACUGAGUUACAAUGAACUGAAGGAUUCAGGAGUGAAGCUGCUCUCUGAUGGACUGAAGAAUACAAACUGUAAACUGAAGACACUAAAUCUGAGUCGCUGUUAUCUGACAGAGGAAAGUUGUUCAUCACUGGCGUCAGUUCUCAGAUCAAACUCCUCAAGUCUGAUAGAACUGAACCUGAAUAACAAUGAACUGAAGGAUUCAGGAGUGAAGCUGCUCUCUGAUGAACUGAAGAAUACAAACUGUAAACUGAAGACACUAAAUCUGAGUCGCUGUAAUCUGACAGAGGAAAGUUGUUCAUCACUGGCGUCAGUCCUCAGAUCAAACUCCUCAAGUCUGACAGAACUGAAACUGAGUUACAAUAAUCUGAAGGAUUCAGGAGUGAAGCUGCUCUCUGAUGGACUGAAGAAUACAAACUGUAAACUGAAGACACUAAAUCUGAGUCUCUGUGAUCUGACAGAGAAAAGUUGUUCAUCACUGGCGUCAGUUCUCACAUCAAACUCCUCAAGUCUGACAGAACUGAACCUGAGUCACAAUAAACUGAAGGAUUCAGGAGUGAAGCUGCUCUCUGAUGAACUGAAGAAUACAAACUGUAAACUGAAGACAUUACAUCUGUCUGGUUGCAGUAUUGGAUCUGAAGGUUGUGUUGCUCUGACUUCAGCUCUGAGAUCAAACCCCUCACAUCUGACACAACUGGAUCUGAGGUGGAAUAAUCCAGAAGAUUCAGGAGUGAAGCUGCUCUCUGAUCUACUGAAGGAUCCACACUGUCAACUACAGACACUACUUAUUGAGUCUCGAAUGUAUCUAUAAUCUACACACCGUAGUGUGGCUACAAGGCCAAUAAGCAGUUUGAUCACAGCAUGCAUCAAAGUUCCUUUUGUUCUUGGACAGACAAAUCUAUGCUGUGAAACAAUGUCUGUUCGCUGUACUUUUAACAAAGAAACACAAUAUACAGACCUAGUGCUAUGAGGGGGAAAAGAGAAAAUUCCCCUUCAGAUCUGAUUUGUGCAGAUCAGACUUCAUACAUAACCAGAGCAUAUUACUUUCUGUUGCCAUGGAGCUUUACCUAAAGUACAAAAGCUUGUUUAAAUGACUAAUAAUUUGUUUAUCAAGAAAUUGUUUUAUAAAUGUCAUGAUUCCGCUAUCAUGUCAUGUUUAUUCUUGUUCUUGCACCGGAGUCAUGGCAUAGCCUAGGGUUUUGUGUGAGAAGGACAUGGCUUAGAUAUUGGCUGUCAUGCACUUUCUCGUGUCUCGUCUAUGGCCCCGCCCCUCUGGUUCCUCGUUAGCUUCCCUUCAGUGUUUUAUUACCCACACCUUCCUAUUGUUAAUUAUUCUUUGUUCGUCUCUCUAUUUAAUGCCCUUGUAUUCUCUGUCCUGUGCUUGUUUGUUUUUGUACCUUCUUGAAUCUUGUUGUGUCCACAUGCUCGUGGGAACUGCCUUGUUGAAGAUUUGUCCACGCUGUGUCCCAGAGUUUCUGCUCCAGCGCUUCUGCUCCAUUUCGUUACCUUUAAGAUUUUUGUUACAGCUUGUUUACCCUCCGUACGUUUUUCAUUCCGGUUUGGCUGUCAUUGUUAUCCCCUGUAUUUGACCCUAUUGUUGGUUUUGUGUUUUUGUUCCGUUUAAUUAAAGUAUUUUGUUACCAACUUCACUGCCUGCAUUUGGGUUAGCUCACUUCCUAUUUCAAGCUGACCUGACCUUCAUUUCACUGCUUGUUGUAUAUUCUCUAUAUAACUGUACACUGAAUAAACUGAUGUGCUUUAGUAGAUUUUAAAAGAUAUGAUUGAAAUAUAUUUCAUAUAAUUAUAU